AUGAAUUCCUCUUAUACAGGGUCUCCUGUGGUUGGCUUUGGCGUCAGGCAAGAAUAUCAACCAGAAGAAAUUGACCAUGAGCUUGUACGCCCUAACCACACUGUAUCUCGCUGCUGUCUGCUCAGCUGCACAGUCUGUGCAGCUGAGCAUCCCCGAUGCACCAUCAGCAGGAACCCAAACUCUCAGUGGCUCUUUCCAAGGCUACUCGAUGGAGGUUGCGUCGUUUGCAGAUAUGGCGGGCAAUUUGACGAUAUCUCGGGUGCAGCUGUUCCGGUCCGAGUCGGUGGUACCACUGCAAAUCAUGCGAUCUGGAGCCCUGACCAGAAAGAAGCCAUCAUCCAGAACUUUGCGACCCCGGGUGCAGACCAGCCUGCAAAUGUGACAUGGGGGCCUAAGUACCUUGAAUCCUUCAAGGUAUUCCCCAAAGGCACAAAGUACACUAUAGGUGUGACAUUUGACAGCGGCAAGAAGGGCGAGGACAAUAGUGCGACCGAGGCAGCGGCAUUCUACAAUGGUAUUGGCAAGGACCUCUUUGCGAUAGAAGUAGGCAACGAGUUUGAUGUCUUUCCUGUUGAUCGAAACACAUCAACUUGGUCAAUCCGCGCGUACGUCCCUGAGUGGCUCUCCCGCACAUCUGCCAUUGCAGCCCGUGCCCUGCCCAAAAGUACCCAGAGAAUUUUCCAAGCAGGCACCUUCGUAACCCCCGGCACUAUCAGUGCAGACGUAUCUUGGACCGCCCAGGCCGCCAUCGAUCUCGGCAUCGCAUCAAAUGGCCUCGCAAAGACUUUCUGCACACACCAAUACUUCGGUGCGGCGUGCCGGCCCGUCAAACCGACACUCGCAGGCAACGUGAUGAACCGCACGGCUUUGAUCCAGGGGAUGUACUAUCAUGCUGGAGCAUCUGCUUACACUGUGUCCAAGGGACUGCCCUAUGUCAUCGGCGAGACGAAUUCAAUUGCGUGUCAGGGCUUGGCGGGGGCUUCCGAUGUAUUUGGUGCAGCGGUGUGGAGUGUUGACUACGCACUGUAUGCUGCGUCGUUAAACGUUUCCAACAUGUACUGGCACAUGGGUACCGGUUACCGAUACUCUGCAUGGCAGGCUACCCAGAACGGGACUACAGCUCCGGGACCGCGGCCGCUGUACUACGGCAACUGGCUCGUUGCGACUGCACUUGGGAACUCAGAUGCACAGGUUGUGCAGAUUGUGAAUACCUCGAGCCUUGCUGGAUAUGCGAUAUACUCGAGCAAGCGCCAUCGCGCAGAGCUGAAGAGCGUGGUUCUGGUCAACAUGGAAGUGUUCAACUCCACAUCCGCUCCUGCAAAUCAGCGAUCGAGUGUAGAUUUCUCGUUACCAAAGCAGCUUGGAGGUAAAGACUGCAAAGCAAACAUCAAGCGUCUCACUGCGCCGGGUGCAGAAUCUCGAGAUGAUAUCACCUUCGCUGGUCGCACGGUCGCUCUUGAUGGGACGAUAAGUGGCCGCGAGUCAAAGGAGCGGGUCGCGAAUGGCGUGGUCAACGUGAGAGCGAGUGAGGCUGUUCUUAUUAUGCUUGACUAA